AUGGACUCCCCAGCUUCCAGUGCCAACGGGGUUCCGGCCCCCACCCGACCCUCGCCUGCCGUCGAUACUCCUCCAAGCAAGCCUACUUCACCGCUCGUCGAACGUAGUAACCCCAUGGGUGCGGGUGCUACCCAGACUGUUACCUCCAAGGACCCUAAAGCCGCUGCCCGAGCUGCUACCGAUAUGAGAAAUGUCGUUCGCCGAAAGCUAACUGGAUAUGUCGGUUUUGCCAACCUUCCUAACCAAUGGCAUCGUAAGAGUGUCCGCAAAGGUUUCAAUUUCAAUGUUAUGGUGGUUGGUGAGUUCAUUCCGUUGAGACUGCCGCUUGCAAUCCGUCACUUUGCUUACAAUUCCUUAGGCGAAUCCGGACUUGGAAAAUCUACAUUGGUCAAUACCCUCUUCAACACCUCGCUAUACCCACCCAAGGAACGCAAGGGCCCAAGCCUUGACAUCAUUCCCAAAACAGUGUCGAUUCAAUCCAUCAGUGCAGACAUCGAGGAAAAUGGCGUUCGCCUACGAUUGACCGUUGUUGAUACGCCAGGAUUUGGUGACUUCGUCAACAACGAUGAUUCAUGGCGUCCAAUCGUUGAGAAUAUUGAACAGCGAUUCGAUGCCUACCUUGAUGCUGAAAACAAAGUGAAUCGGAUGAACAUCGUUGAUAACCGUGUUCAUGCUUGUGUCUACUUUAUCCAGCCAACCGGCCAUUCACUGAAGCCGCUUGAUAUCGAAGUCAUGCGCCGCUUACAUACCAAAGUCAACCUGAUUCCUGUCAUUGCCAAGGCUGACACUUUGACCGACGAGGAAGUCGCGCUCUUUAAGCAGAGGAUUCUUGCUGAUAUCCAUCACCACUCCAUUCAAAUAUUUGAGGGGCCCCGUUAUGAACUCGAUGACGAAGAAACACUCGCUGAGAACCAAGAAAUUAUGUCUAAAGUUCCUUUUGCUGUGGUUGGUGCAAACGCAGAAGUCACCACUUCCAACGGCCACAAAGUACGAGGGCGUCGGUAUCCAUGGGGUAUUAUUGAAGUCGAUAACGAGGAGCAUUGCGACUUUGUGAAAUUGCGCCAGAUGCUCAUUCGCACCCACAUGGAAGAACUUAAAGAACACACUAAUAAUGUUCUAUAUGAAAACUACCGUUCCGAAAAAUUGACGGCCAUGGGUGUGACACAAGAUCCAAGCGUGUUCAAAGAAGUUAACCCGGCAGUCAAGCAAGAAGAAGAACGCGCUCUUCACGAACAGAAGCUUGCAAAGAUGGAAUCGGACAUGAAGGUUGUCUUCCAACAGAAGGUCCAGGAGAAGGAGAGCAAAUUAAAGCAGAGCGAAGACGAGUUAUAUGCUCGGCAUCGAGAAAUGAAGGAGCAGCUGGAACGACAGCGCCUCGAGUUAGAAGAGAAGAAGAGUCGAUUGGAGAGUGGUCGACCAUUGGAAGACAAGAUAAAGCGAAAAGGCUUUUCUCUUCGUUAA